AAGCGGAGGAGACAGCUUUUUAGGAACAGACGCACACCGACCAGAGCACUUACAAUCACACUCCUGCUCUAAUCUGCAAACAGCACCGAAAUGGAGAACAAAGUGACAGAUUUCUCUGGCAAAUGGAAAAUGAAGUCCUCGGAAAACUUCGAGGAGCUUUUGAAAGCUCUCGGUGUCAACGUGUUCCUCAGGAAGAUAGCAGUGGCCGCGGCCUCCAGCCCGGCAGUGGAAAUUACCCAGCAAGGAGAAACCCUCUCCAUCAAGACAUCCACCAGUGUCCGCACCACCCAUGUCUUUUUCACCGUGGGUCAGUCCUUCAACGAGGCCACAGUCGAUGGACGGCCUUGCACGAGUUUUCCAAAGUGGGAGACGGCCCGAAAGAUUAGCUGUGAACAGACUUUACCAAAAGGCGAUGGACCAAAGACUGCGUGGACCAGAGAACUGACCAAUGAUGGAGACCUAAUACUGAUGAUGACUGCCGGGGAUGUUGUCUGCACCAGAGUUUAUGAAAGGGAGUGAGGACAUUUUUACACAGUACUGUCAUAUAAUACUUCUGUUUGUGUUUCAUGCAUGGUUUUCAUUUACUCAGCUUGGUCUUUUCAGCCUCAUCGUUCUCCUAGCCACUGAGUCCCGGUCUAGUCUUCCUCAAACAAGGAACUGGACAGAAAAGGCAAACUGCCUUUAACAUGAACAUUUUGUUUUAUUGUAUGAUUUAAUCAUGUAUACAUUCCAUUUUAAUGCUUUAUCCUUGUGCCUUUGUUCUUAUGAUCAAUGUUAAUAAACUAUUUUCUAUGAA